ACCUAAUUUCACCUCCAACCCAAAAACCCUAGCUCUCACUCUCCCAUCCCCACCAAAACAAUCGUAAAAUGUCGGCCGCAGCUCGCCCUCUCGUCACCGUCCACCACCUCGAAUCGGACAUGGCCACGGAUGGAGCCACCAACUCCCUCCCCUUGCCGGAUGUUAUGAAGUCCUCGAUCCGACCGGACAUAGUCAACUUCGUCCACGCCAACAUCUCCAAGAACCACCGCCAGCCCUACGCCGUCUCCAAGAAGGCCGGCCACCAGACCUCCGCCGAGUCAUGGGGUACCGGCCGUGCUGUUUCCCGUAUCCCCCGUGUCCCAGGCGGCGGUACCCACCGCGCAGGUCAGGGUGCCUUCGGUAACAUGUGCCGCGGUGGCCGAAUGUUCGCUCCCACCAAGAUCUGGAGAAAAUGGCACCGCAAGAUCAACAUCAACCAGAAGCGAUAUGCCGUCGCUUCGGCCAUCGCCGCCUCCGCUGUCCCCUCCCUUGUCAUGGCCCGUGGCCACCGCAUCGAAACCGUUCCUGAAAUCCCCCUUGUCAUCAACGAUUCAGUCGAGAGUGUCGAGAAGACAUCGGGCGCUAUCAAAGUCCUCAAGCAGAUUGGAGCUUAUACCGACGUCGAGAAGGCAAAGGAAAGCCACUCGAUUCGUCCUGGUAAGGGGAAAAUGCGCAAUCGCCGCUACAUUUCUCGCAAAGGGCCUCUUAUUGUAUACGGCACUGAGGGCUCGAAGCUUGUGAAGGCCUUCAGGAACAUCCCUGGAGUUGAGGUUGCAAACGUUGAUCGUCUGAAUCUUCUGAAGCUCGCUCCGGGAGGACAUUUGGGAAGAUUUAUUAUCUGGACCAAGUCUGCAUUUGAGAAAUUGGAUUCGAUUUAUGGGUCCUUUGAGAAGACGUCCCUGAAGAAGAAGGGGUAUGUGUUGCCCAGGUCGAAGAUGGUCAAUGCGGACCUGGCUAGGAUUAUCAACUCCGAUGAGGUUCAGUCGGUUGUGAGGCCGAUCAAGAAGGAGGUGAAGAGAGCUCCAAUGAAGAAGAACCCACUGAAGAAUCUUAAUACUAUGUUGAAGCUGAAUCCCUACGCAAAGACCGCGAGGAGGAUGGCGCUGUUGGCUGAGGCUCAGCGCGUGAAGGCAAAGAAGGAGAAGCUUGAUAAGAAGAGAAAGCCAAUCACGAAGGAGGAGGCGGCUUCAAUUAGGGCUGGUGGCAAGGCGUGGUACCAGACAAUGAUCUCAGACAGCGAUUACACCGAGUUCGAGAACUUCUCAAAGUGGUUGGGUGUCUCCCAAUGAUCUGAUUUUAAGCUACUGAAAUUCUCUUAGAAUCUAUUUAGUUAAUCCUUGGUUACUUUUUGUGUUGUCUUUGUGUUUUGUUUGCAUUUCAAGACAUUAAUUAGAUUCAAUGGGAGGGAAAUUACUAGAAUAAGUUACUUUGUUCGUCUGCUGAGUCAAUUACCUUCCAUGUUAUGGUGUCUCCUUUUCUGUCCCGGUGAAGCAAUUUUGUUAAAACGGAAGUUGAAUAUUUAUCAUUGUGGUUUGCUACUUGAAAUUGGUUUUAGUUUCUUAA